CGAUCCGCCCUGGCCGGGGAGAGCCGCGUCCGAGAGGAGGCCCUGCCGGACCUGCACUACCUGCGUCUCGUGCUCAAGGAGACGCUCCGGCUGCACCCGGCGGCGCCGCUGCUGCUCCCGCGGGAGUGCCCCGAGUCCCGACAUGUCCUCGGCUACACCGUGCCCAAGGGCGCCAUGGUGCUCGUCAACGCGUGGGCCAUCGGCCGGGACGCGGCGACCUGGGGCGCCGACGCCGAGGAGUUCAGGCCGGAGAGGUUCGAAGAGGAGGCGGCGCUGGACUUCAAGGGAACCAACUUCAAGUUCGUGCCGUUCGGCGCCGGCCGGAGGAUGUGCCCUGGGAUCGCCUUUGGCCUUGCGGUCGUGGAGCUCGCACUGGCCAGCUUCCUCUUCCAUUUCGACUGGGAGCUCCCCGCCGGUGGGCUGCACAUGGAGGAGCAGCUCGGGGUCACGGCCAGGAGGAAGGGCGACCUCUGGCUGCAUGCCACAGUUCGGGUGCCUGUGCCUGCACUUGCUCUAUAGACAUCAGCAGGUUAUUACUGAAUUGUCGUGCUUCGGCCGUGGAAAAUUAGUCACCAAGGAAAUAAGUUGGUUAUAUUCCACAAUUGUGUGCCUGCUCCUGGCCCAUAGAUAUUCCAUCGUGUAUUUGUCUUGUACUUGUACUUGUCAUUUUAU